CAAGAUGGCUGAAGUGACAUUAUCUGCUUCAUUCAUGUGCAGAAAAUAGAAAGAAUGGGGGAAAGAAGAAUGGACUGUUUAUUUUACCCUGACACAGGAAACAUUUGCUGGGAAAUUGCUUUGCUUCUACGAGUGUGAAUCCAGCCCAUGUGGCAUACUUUGUCUACUGAUUCUUCAUCAUUGCAUCACUUGCAUCUGAAGUGAAGUGUUGUAUCCUUGAUGCAGGUGAGGCAGUGACUGUCCUGAAUCAGUGCCUGGAUGCAGUAAUGGACUGAAUGAGGGUGAACAAGUUGAGACUCAAUCCAGACAAGACAGAAAUACAGUGGUUCUUCUACCCAGGUCAAGAAAACUGAUCUGGCUCUGAUGAGGAAACUGAUAUUGUGGCGUUCACUAGCGAGUAUGAUGCAAAGGUGUGCUAUGGAAGGAAGUGAAACACCAUUGAGCUACCAGUCUGAAGAGAGCAGCAUGCUGGACAUACCGUGCGCCUUAAGGGCAGAAGACUUUCUACUGAACCCCGGCACUGGGAGAGAUGAUGAGCUUUUCAAUUCUGGAGUGGCAUUUGUUUCACCAGCAUCUACAGUGGUUGAUGCAGAUCCUGAUCACGCAAUCUUUGCAGAGCACACCACUGGAGCAGAUGUAAAUUUGUGGCCUCGACUCUGUGAGAAGACUAAUAACUGUGUGAACACAGAGCCAUUCCAGCCUAAUGAACAUCCCUUUGCUUGGACAUCUGAACAAAAGGAUGAAGGAGAGACCACCAUUAGACAAUCCCUGGACACGUUUUAUGAGACUUGCUGCCAGAAGAAGACAUUUGGAGGGAGUCCAGUGUAUGAGGCAGCUUCACAGUGCUUGUGUGUUAAACUUGCAGAACUAGCAAACAAAGACGGGACAAAAUAUGCAUUGAAAAGCCUCCAAAUGGCCCAGAUGGUUUUGAACCGAGAUGAGAAAAAGAUAUUUUCUCAACCCUCCAGCAACACCUGCUUUUCAGUUCCCACUAAGCCUGGUGUUAAACUGGAGGAAGGCAAGCAAACACCGGGACUCUCUGAUGAUAUCCUUCAACUUAUCUUAAAACAGAAUGCAACUAAAUGAAUUGUGUCCUAAAACUGGUAAUUUUUAAAGCAUCGCACCCCCCACUGUCUUAAUAAUUUUCUCCCAGCUCCUGUGUGCUUAUACACUUGCUAGCUCAAGAGCCAGGGCACCCAGCAUGAUGAUUUGGACAGGGACAGGGUUCCCUUCUACCACCCGCCCUUCCACACUUCACACACUGUCUGUUUGGCUUCUUCACCAGGUAAUGAGUGUUCAGACAGAUAUGAACGACAUCUUCUUUUAUUCAAUAAAGCAGGGUAGAAAGAUGAAACAAAUGUAAUAAUAAUAUCUAUAAAGAGAAUAAUUUGGAGAAUGUGAAACUGAUUCAUUUAAAUGUCCCACUCUAUUGUAGGGAUGCAGGAUGAUGUAACAAUAUUAAAUGGAACAAAAGAUG